UCAGACUCAAUACUCGACAGUUUAGCCUUGAAGCCAAACAAGAGUUCCUUCCGUCAUCAUAACACAGUACGCCGCCCACUCUGCAUGUAUUGACGCUGAGAUUCCACUGCGACUGAAUUAGUAGGUAAAUGAGAAAGACGACCAAAAUGGCAGGAAAAGUAGAGCCGCCCUUUUUGCAUUUUGUAGACGUUUAGACACUUUACCCUUCGACAUUUUUUUGCUAGUCGGUCUUUAGCAUUAGCCCGACGCGAUAGCUGCCACUCGGUGCGACGAGCCCCCACACCAGACCAAAACACGCUUGAGAUCAUUUGACUGCUUUAUACAACAGUAAAAUUGGCGUUAAAACAAAAAUAUAUCCAGCGAAAGUGAACAAGGUUCGGCGCGUGCUGAAGCUCGCUAGCUGUCAGCUGUGCCAAGACGGGCUUUCGAGGCUAGCAGAAGUCGACGUCUGGAUUUGUGACACCUGAAGGACUUUUAGAGGACAGUCAGCCAUGUGCAGCUGUGUACGGAGCUCCAGGGCUCUGUCCCCUGCUCUGCUCCCCAGGCUGUUGGUUCCCCACGCGGGGGGUUACGCGUUGGCUGGGAGAGGCCUGUGGACUUCCGCAAACUGUAUGCAGGUGGUGAGCGGCGACUCCUCUCAGCCGCUGCCACUGCCAAGCCAGGCCCGUGUGGUCAUCUGUGGUGGAGGCAUCGUGGGGACUUCAGUGGCAUAUCACCUGGCUAAACUGGGCUGGACUGAUAUUGUUCUCCUGGAGCAGGGCAGACUAGGAGCGGGAACCACCAAACUGUGCGCCGGCAUUGUGAGUGUGGCCAAGCCCAUCUCCAUCGAGUGCAAAAUGGCGGACUACUCCAACGCUCUGUACCAGCAGCUCGAGCAGGAGACUGGCGUCAAGACUGGCUAUGUGAAGACAGGUUCUCUGUGUCUGGCUCAGAAUCAGGACCGCUUAAUUUCGCUGAAGCGCCUCGCGUCAAGACUCAAAGUGAUGGGGAUCAGCUGUAACAUUGUGAAACCCAAAGACGUGGCCAAGCGCCACCCUUUGGUGAACAUUCACGACCUGGUCGGAGCGCUUCACCUGCCCACGGACGCCGUGGUGUCACCGCCGGAUGUCAAUCACGCCAUGGCUGUGGCAGCAGCGGGAAGAGGGGUUCAGAUCCUGGAGAGGACCAGUGUUCAGCAGGUUCUGGUGGAGAAGGGCCACGUGAUGGCAGUGGAGACGGACCGCGGCUCCAUCGAGUGUGAAUAUUUCGUCAACUGUGCUGGACAGUGGGCGUACGAGCUGGGCCAGGCAAGCGAAACCAAAGUCUCUAUCCCUCUGCAUGGCUGCGAACACUUCUACCUCCUCACCAAACCUCUCCAGGAGGACCUCCCGGCUGACACGCCAGUGGUGCUCGACAUGGAUGGGAGGAUAUAUGCUCGACCGUGGCAGGGGGGCCUGCUGUCGGGGGGCUUCGAGAAAAACCCCAAGCCCAUCUUCACAGAGGGACGCAACCAGCUGGAAAUUCAGAACAUGCAGGAGGACUGGGACCACUUUGAGCCAAUGCUCAGCGCCCUGCUGAGGAGAAUGCCUAGUCUGGAGUCGGCUGAGAUCCAGCAGCUGGUCAACUGCCCAGAGUCCUUCACACCAGACAUGCGCUGUCUGAUGGGUGAGACGCCGGGCGUCUCAGGCUACUAUGUGUUGGCCGGCAUGAACUCUUCGGGUCUAGCCUUCGCCGGAGGAGCUGGCAAGUAUCUGGCUGAGUGGAUAACCUAUGGUUACCCCAGUGCCAAUGUGUGGCCGCUGGACAUCAAGCGCUUUGGCAACCUGCAGAGCAGCCGCACUUUCCUGCGACAUCGUGUCAUGGAGGUCAUGCCACUAUUGUACGAACUAAAGGUUCCUCGCUGGGACUUCCAGACGGGCCGGCAGCUGAGGACAAGUCCGCUCUACGACCGACUGGACACGCAGGGAGCUCGCUGGAUGGAGAAACAUGGCUUUGAGAGGCCCAAAUACUUUGUUCCUCCGGGCAAAGAUCUUCUGUCUCUGGACCAGAGCAAGACCUUCUACAAGCCCGACUGGUUUGACAUUGUUGGGGCGGAGGUGAAGUGCUGCAAGGAGGCCGUCUGCGUCAUUGACAUGUCGUCCUUCACCAAGUUUGAACUCACUUCCUCUGGCGACGAGGCCCUGGAGCUGCUACAGCGCCUAUGCGCCAAUGACCUGGACGUUCCAGUGGGACACAUCGUCCACACGGGCAUGCUGAACCAACGAGGAGGCUAUGAGAACGACUGCAGCGUGGUGCGCCUCAGCAAGAACAGCUUCUUCAUCAUCUCGCCUACAGACCAGCAAGUCCACUGUUGGUCUUGGAUCAAGAAACACAUGCCCAGUGACCCACACCUCCACCUAGAGGACGUCAGCUGGAAAUACACAGCUUUAAAUCUGAUUGGACCUCGUGCUAUGGAUGUUCUGGCAGAGCUGUCAUACGUUUCUAUGACACCCGACCACUUUCCCUCCAUGUUCUGUAAGGAGAUGAGUGUGGGCUACGCUAACGGCAUCCGAGUGAUGAGCAUGACCCACACGGGCGAGCCAGGUUUCAUGCUCUACAUCCCCAUCGAGUACGCGCUGCACGUGUACAACGAGGUGAUGUCGGUUGGUCAGAAAUACGGCAUCCGCAACGCCGGGUACUACGCGCUGCGCAGCCUGCGCAUUGAGAAGUUCUUCGCCUUCUGGGGACAAGACCUGGAUGCCUUCACCACGCCGCUCGAGUGUGGACGCGAGUUCCGCGUCAAAUUUGAUAAGGACACAGAUUUUGUGGGUCGCUCGGCUCUGCUGCAGCAGCGUCACGACGGCGUGUGUCGCCGCUUCGUCAUGUUGGUCCUGGAUGACCAUGACACUGAGCUGGACCUGUGGCCCUGGUGGGGCGAGCCCAUCUACUGCAAUGGGCAUCUGGCUGGCGCCACCACCAGCAGCGCCUACAGCUACACCCUGGAGAGACACGUGUGCCUCGGGUUCGUGUCGCCGCCCCCUGGACCCGACGGCCUGCCCGCUGCAGUCACCGCGGACUUCGUCAACCGAGGGGACUACGAGGUGGACGUGGCAGGACAGAGAUACCCGGCCAAGGCCAAGCUCUACCCCUUCAGCUCCCUCAUAAGCCAGCAGCACCGCAGACGCAAAGAUGACCUGGAGCUCAGCAACCUCCAGGGCGAGUGACGGCGACGUAUCACACACGACGCUUAAGUGCAAUACUCGGUAAAGUAAAAAAAAAAAAAAAAAAGUCUGAAGUCAGCCAUUUUCUUCAUCGGUCUGAAGUCAAAGUGCCUUGAUGGAGGCCACAUCGGCUCUUAAGACGUUGGUCCUCCACAGUAGAAGACUUGUGGGUCGUUCGUAGUAGAUGACAUGAAGGUUGUCAACAGUAGAAGUCUCUGCUGCUGCUUCUGGUCUAAUGCCCUGCUGACAUCAGGUUUGCACUAUGUGACCAGAUUAUUCAUAUUCAUACUUGCACGUAAUGUUCAAAUUCAAGAAAAAUCUUGGAAUAUUACAAGAAUAGAGUUGUAAUGUGAUGUUAUGAGAAAAAAGUUGGGAUUUUACAAUGAAAAAGUCAGUUAAGUUUUAGUUUGUGCAGGAAAAAAGUCGUUACGUUAAAACAUUUCUUUGAGGAAUAAAAGUUGUAAUUUGAAUUACGUUGCAAUGUUUAAAAAAAAAAAAAAAAAAUCCUCAUCAGUUUGCAUUUUAUAAGAAAAAUUACCAAUGUCACAAGAAAAAGUUGCAGUGUGACGUUAAAAAGUUGUUUUCCUUGAGGAAAAAAUUGUACUUUACAAGAAGAACGUAAUGUUAAGAGAGAAAUUGUUUUAUUUAAUAUGAAACAGUUGGAGUUUCAGAGAAAAAUGUUUAAAUGAAAGUCUAAAAACAAUGCACCGUUGUGUGAAUUUGUAUUUCUUAUGUUUAUACAUUUCUUCCGUUGUAAUCUUAAUUGUGGUCUAUUGUAUAAUACAGGCCUGCACGGUGAACGACUGGUUAGUACAUCUGCCUCACAGUUCUAAGGACCGGGGUUCAAAUCCCGGCCCCGCCUGUGUGGAGUUUUGCUAUUGUCAACAUGAAUGUUACAUUCUCCUGUUAUGAUGAAAUAGUUGUAGUCAGUACAGAUCACUGACAGCACUUCUGUGUGAAAAUUCCUCCAAAAAUUGUUCAUUGCACCUUGGUCUAUAAAUUAUUAUUAUUACCUUUUACUAAAAAACAGAUAUAUUCAAAAGAGCUAAAAUCACCCAUUAAAAUUUCUUCACACUGAAAUUAUGAUUUAAAAAUAGCAAUUCGGCUGCCUUUUUUUCCCCCAAAUUCGACACUUGUUCAUCCAUCCAUCCAUUUUCUGUACCAGGUCACGGGCGUGCUGGAGCCUACCCCAGCUAACUGCGGGCAAGAGCUGGGGUACACCCUGAACUGAUUGCCAGCCAAUCACAGGGCAUAUAUACAAACGACCAUUCGCACUCACAUUCAUAUAAAAUAAAAAUUUGCUGGUGUUGCCUCAUUGGUAUGGUAUUACAGCUGCUUUCUGUUAACCAUGUUUCAUUUAGUAGUAAAAGGUCUAGAUCAUAGGUCGUAAUGAUGUCAAUAAUCAACAUUGCUUUGUUACCCAGUGACCUGACAUUGAAUACAGCUUGUCUUGCAGAGAUACAGUAACUGGAGGCUUUGUUCAGUUCACAUUUUAUACUCACGAAGCUUGUAGCUUUAGUUUUUUCUGUCAACUUUUUGGCCCUUGUAAUUACAGGGAUGAAAAAUUCCUGAUCUCCACAGGGGUGUGACUUAUUCUGGAGAAGAAUGUUUAUAUUUGAUAUGUAGCCACAACCCCGCACAUAUCUGAUUCAAGUUUACGAUUCUUCAUGGGUGGAGGAGGGGCCCUUCGCAUCUUAGUGGAUGUUGGUUUCAGGCGAGGUGGAAUGUGAGGAAUGGAUGUUGGUUUCAGGCAAAAUGGGAUUGGAGAACAUAUUCCAACAAUGCUCUUAAUCCUGUCCGUGACAUCCAAUAAAGUAUUUAGGCUGGAUGAGAGUAGGCUCGUUUUGCGCCUCGAGUCGCCUGAUUGUUUUGAUGACAGUGCAUCCUUCUGCAUCUCCUGACCUGCAGGAGACCUACUUGUAGUGCGCUAUUCAGUCCCAAAUUUUCCUUUUGCGAUUUUGAAUGACGCACAAUGUAAAACAUUGUUUCGACAGAGAGCAUCUCCUUGGAAAAGAUGUCUCCGUUCCCAGAAAAUGUUUAAUUUGUCAAUGAAGCUCACGGGUAGGGUGUGACACACUUCUUUAAGCCACUUAUUUAGCUGUAAAAGCCUGCUGAAAUGUUCAUCUCGGCGUACUGUUGGGGUAGGUCCAUUUAAAAACACGUCAGCAUUCAAACAUUGCACUUUGCUUCGGAGAGCAAUAACAUCCAGUUUCAGUAAUUCUGAUUGCUGUUUAACAACAUCCAAGGUUCCAAUGUGUAUGAUGACAGAUUUCACUGUAUGGUGAACUCCAUGAUUUUCUUUGAGAUGUCAGACACCAUGUCGUUAGUAAAACACAACACUUUCAUGUUCUUCUCACUGCAAAAGCGUUUUACACUAUUAAUAGCGACAUCAUCGAUUAUCAAUGUUUGUGGCCCAAUGCCUUUUUUCCUUGUAUGAUUUAGAAGAAGAAGAAUCACCUUUUAUUGUCAUGACCAUGCGUGCAUGCACACAAAAUCUGUUCUCUGCACUUAACCCAUCACAGUGAACACAUACACAUAUUAGUGGAGCACACUGGAGCAGGGGGCAGCGGAAGCGCCCCGGGGAGCAUUUCGGGGUCUCAGUGUCUUGCUCAAGGACACCACAGCUUGAACCGUCUAGAACCUAGGUCACCCACGGUGGUAGGCGAUGAUCUUAACCAUUGGGCCACGGCUGCCCGUAGCGUCAUACCUUUCAUCUGUGCUGUGAGAUGAGCAUUCUUACAGGGGUUGUGGGUCUUGUCGUGGUCCAAAUCUGUUUGUAAUUUGGACAUUGAUGUUUUGGACAGGUUUGCUCUUUUUCCUUAAGUUUCGCUGCAGCAACAGUCCAAUGCCCUUCAUUCCUUGGGGUUGAAGAAACAUUCAGUGCUGGCCAUCUAGUUUCCUCCAUUUGUUGGUGAUAUGUUGUCCACUGACCCAUAGCUUUAGGUUUUGGUCCCAGCAAAUUCCAAGCAGGGUUGCUGGCAGAGUCAUUGCCGGAUUUAUUGCCGCUAUAACAGGCUGCAUCCGUCAUGAGUCUGCUCAUGUCCACUGUUUUGGGACAUCAGUAAGGUGCUUUAGUUCACCGACUGUCCAUUUACUUCCACAAACACUUUGAGGUGGUGCAUUUUCAUCUCUAAUAUCGCCAUCUUCUGAAAGAGUUUGUGAUAGUCCUGAGUGAAAAAGGAAGGCCUCUUGUUUUGGUGGUCUUGUUCAUGCUCAUGUUACAGUGAGGGCAUAUCUGACUGAAUCUACAAAAAAAAACAAGUACACACAGAUUUAAAAAGUAUCCAUGAGUCACAGUGUCUGGGGUACUUUAAAAGAGAAAAAGAAAACAAAAAUCAAGCUAUCAGCAAGAAAAAUGCAAACAAGGCAGGAGUCGGCAGUAGAAGUGUUUGCACUGUACAGGCGCAUGAAGUUAGUAAUGCAAGCAAAAAAAUAAUUGUAAUAAGCUAAAAAAAAAAAUUUUGAGGGAAAAGUUGUAAUUUUACAAGGAUAAAUGUUUCAUUUUACAAUAAUAUUGUGUUGCACAAUUACAUAAAAAAAUAAGUCAAUGUUAUAAGGAAAAGUGAGAUCAAGUUGAAGUUAUAUUUAGGAAAAAAGUCAUUAAAAUUGUAAAACUGCGUGUUGGAAUUUAUUUUGCAAAAUGUCAUUUUACAUUGUUAGUGAGAUUUUUUUUCGAGUAAAAUUGUCACUUUUCCUCAUAACUUGUUAUACACAAUAUUCUUUAAGUGAAUUACACUUAAAAAUAUAUAUUUCUCAAAUUACAUGACUUUUUUUUUCUCCAAUUACAGCUCUUCAUACUGUUUUCAUCCUUUUGUAAUAUUUUGACUUUUUUUUAAAUGAUUCAUAUUAAAUGUAUUUGUCCUUAAUAUUUGUAUUUCCCCCUAAACACUCAUAAAUUUCUAACUUUUUGAUAUGCCUUUAUUCCCCCUCAUACAACCAACUUUAUUCAUGUAAAAUGUCAACUUGUGGCUCUCAUAUCAUAUCAUAAAAAAGGGGCAAAAGAAAAUCACCUGCAGUCCAGAAUCAUUUUAUUUUUGAAGACUUUCUCUGCAUCACCUGCGUGGAACCGUUCUGCUGUCCAAUGUAUCCCUGCCAUGCCAUCAGUUUAAUGCACUUUAUAUCAGAUCAUCUUAAUGGGCGUGAAGUACAUUUUUGUUUUUUUUAAAUCUCUGGACUGUGCAUAGAUGACCAUGUUGCUUAUGAAGGGCUAACUUAGCAUUAAGUGUGCGUCCUCCAUUUUGCUGCACAUCACGAAUUCCUGAAUGAGUCUGUCAUUAGGGAGUCUGUCAAAUAGAAACACACCACUUUAUAUAUUUAUGUGAAGAUCCAAAAAGUUGUUUUUUGUUGUUUUCUCGGUAACAGUGCAUCAUGUAUAUACAAAUAAAAAGUGGUACAAGGUU